AUGGUUAUCCUUGACGAGAAAGAAGGAAGCAGAAAAGGCGAUAACGUGGAACUGAUCAACCCUUGGCGCCGGCAUAAGGAACGUGAAGUCGCACUAAAUCCUGACAAACUGAAACUUCGAAUGGAAGAGGUAGCGUUUGUGGGACAUAUCCUGACUAGACAAUUGCAAGGUAUCAAAAUUGGCCCUGAAAAAGUAAAAACAAUUACAGAAGUAGAGCCACCAACAUACAUGGAGGAACUUCAAAGAUUGAACGAAAUUGUGAAUUACCUCGCAAAACUUCUCCCACAGUUUGCGACGAUAAUGGAGCCUGUUUGCAAACUAACAAGGAAAGACGUCCCGAAGAGUGGUCUGAUCAACAGCAACAAGCAUUCAACACCGUUAAGAAGCUGGCAACAGAAUCCCCAUUACUUUGCUAUUAUGUUCCUGAUCAAGAGUUCCAAGACCAGUGCGAUGCAAGCCAACGAGGUUUGA